AGCAUUUUCAAUUUUCGUUUUCGUCGUGAAACUGUGCACCAAAUCAAAGAAAAGCAUUAAAAAAGUGUUGCACAAUGAACACACUCGGUCCUAAAAAGGACGGAAGUCCCAACAUCGACUUUUUCCAAUCGCCGGAGACGCUGCAAGGCUUCGAGUCCAUACGACAAUGGCUACAAAAGAAUUGUAAAAAGUACUUGGCGCACAGCUCGGAGCCGAUCACAAAGGAGUCACUUGCCCAACUGCUAAUACUUUUUCUGCAAUAUGUGGAGGCGAAAUUAGGUAAAACCUCUGCUGAACCGCCGGCGACGAGAAUCCCGAUGCGCUGUUUUCUGGAUUUUAAAAACGGUGGUGGUCUCUGCAUCAUUUUCUCGACCAUGUUUCGCUUUCGAGCCGAGCAACGUGGGAAAAAAUUUGACUUUUCCAUUGGCAAGAAUCCAACACGCAAAGAUCCCAACAUACAACUGCUGAUCGAGAUCGAACAGGCACUUGUCGAGGCCGAUCUCUAUCGCAUACCCUACAUUUUCAUCAGGCCGGAGAUCGAGAAGAGCUUUGAGGCGCGUCUGCGUGAGAUUCUUGACAAUCGACGUGUGGAGAUCGUCACCGAUGAGGAGGAUGCAACGCACAUUGUCUAUCCUGUUGUGGAUCCACAUCCUGAUGAGUACGCUCGUCCUAUUUUUAAGCGUGGCAAUCAUGUCAUGCUUCACUGGUACUAUUUUCCCGAAUCCUAUGACUCGUGGACUCUAAAUAGCUUCGAUUUGCCGGACAAUAUACCGGAGAAUCCGGAAUCACCUGCAGAACGCUGGCGAGUGGCCGCCUCUUGGAUAUUGGAUCUGGAGCAGUAUAACGAGUGGAUGACCGAGGAUGAUUACGAGGUGGAUGAGCAGGGCAAAAAGAAGAUGCAUAAGCAACGCAUGUCCAUCGAUGACAUCAUGUCCUUUGGCGAUGAUAAAAAGAAGCCAACCACCACCAGCAGCAGCAGCGGUGGUGGCACCACCGGCAAGCAGAAACGACGCCGCUCGCCGUCGCCCACAACUUCCACAUCGACAUCGAAGCCGGGCAAGCGAAAGCGUUCCCCGGCCGUCAUACACAAGAAGUUACGCAAUGACGACGACGACGAGGAUCUCACCCGGGAUCUGGACGAUCCGCCGGCUGAGCCUAAUAUACAGGAGGUGCACAAGGCAACGCAUUCGACGUUACAAUCAACAGCCAGCCCAGCGCCAGGUAAUAAAUCCCGUGGUGACAACGAUAUGAUGCCCAUCAAAGGUGGCACCAUGACCGAUCUGGAUGAUGAAAUGACUGGCGGCAGUGGCGCUCAAGCUCUGUCCACCGGUGACGGUGACAAUUCGCAGACGGGCAAGACAAGCGAUAAUAGCAAUACGCAAGAGUUCUCAUCCUCGGCCAAGGAAGACAUGGAGGACAAUGUGACCGAGCAGACGCAUCACAUCAUUGUGCCCUCAUAUUCGGCCUGGUUCGAUUACAACUCAAUUCAUGUGAUUGAGAAGCGCGCGAUGCCCGAGUUCUUCAAUAGCAAGAACAAGUCGAAAACGCCCGAGAUUUACAUGGCCUAUCGUAACUUUAUGAUUGACACUUACAGGUUGAAUCCCACAGAGUACUUGACCAGCACCGCUUGCCGUCGCAAUUUGGCCGGUGAUGUGUGCGCCAUAAUGCGUGUGCACGCCUUCCUCGAACAAUGGGGUCUCAUCAACUAUCAGAUCGAUGCCGAUUUGCGUCCCACGCCAAUGGGGCCGCCACCCACUUCGCACUUUCACAUUUUGUCGGAUACACCGUCUGGCUUGCAGGCGAUCAAUCCGCAAAAGACACAGCAGCCGUCGGCGGCCAAGACACUGCUCGAUUUGGACAAGAAGCCGCUAGGCAAGGAGGGUGGCGUCAUGGAGUGUGACAAGAGCGCUGGCGCAGGCGGCGCCGGUGUUGGCGGUGGCUUGGGCAUCAAGGCAGAGACGCUAGAGAAUGGCGCCGCCAGCGGUUUGGCCUCUGGGGUCAGUCAAUUUGGACUAAAGUUGGAUCAGUAUGCCAAGAAGCCGGCGGCAAUGAGGAAUCGCACGGCGGCGAGCAUGUCGCGCGAGUGGACCGACCAGGAGACACUGCUGCUGCUCGAGGGACUCGAGAUGCACAAGGAUGACUGGAAUAAGGUGUGCGAACAUGUUGGCACACGCACCCAGGACGAGUGCAUUCUGCACUUUUUGCGUCUGCCCAUCGAGGACCCGUAUUUGGAGGACGAUGGCGGUUUCUUGGGUCCGCUUGGCUGCCAGCCAAUUCCAUUUAGCAAAUCCGGUAAUCCCAUCAUGUCAACAGUCGCAUUUCUCGCAUCUGUCGUCGAUCCGCGCGUCGCAGCUGCUGCUGCCAAGGCAGCCAUGGAGGAGUUUGCCGCGAUUAAAGAUGAGGUGCCAGCCACCAUUAUGGACAACCAUAUGAAGAACGUGGAGAAGGCCUCGGCCGGCGGCAAAUUCAAUCCCAAUUUCGGUCUGGCCAACAGCGGUAUUGCUGGCACAGGCAAUGACAAGGACGAUGACGAAUCCAAGGAUGGCAACAACAGCAGCUCUUCGGCACCUGGCCACGAUGAGGAAAUGAAGGAUCUUAACAAGAAAGACGCCACAGACGACGCCAAGUCCAAAGACAAAACGAAAUCGGAUAAGCUCAACACAAACACCACAGACUCAAGUUCCACAUCAACAACAACAACAACAUCAACCACAUCAGCCACAUCAACAACAACAUCAACAUCAUCAACAACAGCUACAACAACAACAACAAGCAACACGCCCACCACCAAUAACACUGAUAAAAAAUCUAAAGAUUCAGGCGGCGACAAAGCCAACAAAACAAGCGACAUCAAACCGAGCAACAACAACGCCUCAAACAAAACGGCUUCCAACUCCUCACCCACAGAGACUGGCACCACCAACAGCGAUGCGGAGAUCAAAACGGAGGACAAUAGCGGCGAUGGCGAGUCCAAGGAUGCCAGCAACGAUGCCAGCGGCGGCGGCAGUGCCUCCGCUAAGGAUGGUGGAGGCGCCUUCAGCGAGAACAAUAUGCAAACGGCAGCGGCGGCUGCUCUGGCCUCUGCUGCCGUCAAGGCCAAACAUUUGGCGGCGCUGGAGGAGCGUAAGAUCAAGUCACUGGUCGCGCUGCUAGUGGAGACGCAAAUGAAGAAGCUAGAGAUUAAGUUGCGCCACUUUGAGGAGCUGGAGGCGACCAUGGAGCGUGAACGUGAGGGACUCGAAUACCAGCGACAGCAGCUCAUCACUGAGCGCCAGCAGUUCCACCUGGAGCAGCUGAAGGCGGCCGAGUUCCGAGCCCGCCAACAAGCGCAUCAUCGCCUGCAACAGGAGCUGCAGCAGCAGGGACAGCAGGCGGCGGGCGCACCCGCUCCAGGUGCAAUGAUCUUGCCGCCGCAACAGCAACAGGCGGCACAGCAGCAGCAGCAGCAGUCGCUGCCACCGCCGCCACCCCAUCACCACCAGCAGCAGCAGCCGCCGCCGCCGCAGCAACAACAAGCGCUGCCACAGCAAUUGCAGAAUCAGCCCCAAUCGCUGGCAGCACCCUCGGCGCAGCAUCAGCCGUUGCCACCGCACAUAGCUGCUGUUGCACCGCCGAACGGUGCACCAUUUGCGGCGCCGCCAGUGGCGACGCCAACCGUGGCCGCAGCGCCGCCGCCAGCUGUUGGCGAGCUGCCGCCUGCAGCUGUGGCCCAAGCUCAGGCGCCCACGCCAAUGGACACUACACCGCCAGCUAUUGCACCACCUGUUGCUGAAGUCUCUGGCGUGGCAGCUGCUGCAGCGAGUGCUGCGUCUGCCCCAAGCAUUCCGGCGGCAAGCGUUGGCGCUGCUGUCAAUCCUCCCCCUUCAACUUAAAGCUAUGAGUAAAAACUUUAGAUUCUAAGUUGUACGCUCUCAGUAUGUACUCUAUAUCCGAUUUCUCCUCUUCCCUUCUCUUCCGUUGCCUUACCUUAUUUUGUCUGUCUCUCCCGCUUGGAUCCCUUCAUUAGUCUACUUUUGUAUUUUGUUGUAGUUCCCACAUCCACCCCCCUCUCGAGGCGCCUGCUCAUUGGUCGCCCUUCUCAAUAUUUACACCAUUUUGAACCAUGUUUCAAACCCAAAACUGCAUUAAAAUAAAAUCUAUUCAUAUGUAUGAAA